AUGGGCGAUGUCGACCUGCUGUUCCCGCCGGCUGAGCUGGAGAAGCGGCGGCACAAGCUCAAGCGGCUUGUGCAGUCUCCGAACUCCUUCUUCAUGGACGUCAAGUGCCCGGGCUGCUUCUCCAUUACCACUGUCUUCAGCCACGCGCAGACGGUUGUGAUCUGCGGUGGCUGCUCAACGGUGCUGUGCCAGCCGACGGGCGGCAAGGCGCGGCUGACGGAGGGCUGCUCCUUCAGAAAGAAGGUUGAGUGAGGCGGCUUGCGUGCGCCGCUGCUUACACGGAUUGGGUGGGAUUUGAUGCGGCAUUUCGGCACGGGGGGGGCAGCCGGGGGUGUCCGAGGGGGGAGGAGGUGAGGGGGAAUGGGAGGGAGGGUGGCAAUCUGCCGGCGUGCUGCGGGCUUCAGCGGCACAGGCCACACCGCUGAGCGGCCGCCGUGCUCUCGUUCGCUCCACUUCCAACCCGCUGCCCCGCUAGAGAGACCUACACCACGGCGCCCUGGACACCCUGGACCUUGCUCUCCUGCUUACACCACCUCCUGCCAGCCCCCGUGCUCGCCACAGCCACCCGUUCCCGCCAUAAUUGCUGUCAAAAA